AUGACGUCCGCAGAUACCGUUCCUUGUACCCAAGUUGCUGCUUUUGUUGACAACCCCGGCCCCAAUGCACAUUUCGUCAUCCGUGACGGGGUGGCCGUUCCGGAAGUGGAGGCGGAUCAAGUCAUGGUGAAGCUCGACGUGGCAGGGCUGUGCCAUUCCGAUCUCAACCGGCUCUACGGGCAUACGCCAUUGAUUGAGGAAAUUCUGGGGCAUGAAGGGGUUGGUUACGUCGUCAAAGUUGGAUCGGAUGUUCCUGGGGACCUGUUGAAUCAGCGAGUCGGGCUGGGGUGGCUCAGCGAAGCAUGUCAGAACUGCGAAAUAUGCGAUGUGGACUACACAAAUAUUUCGGGAUGCUUUCAGCAAUAUGUUGCCGCCAAUGCGGCCUUUGUCCAUCGCCUGCCGGAUGAACUUGACGACACCGUUGCUGCUCCAUUGCUAUCAUCUCUCAAGACUGACAUGGUAUCCUCGCCACGGUUUACAGCAGGGAUCACAAUGUUCUCGGCUGUCCGUAAAGCCAACUUGAAGCCAGGUGAAUGGCUUUUGCUCCCUGGUGCUGGUGGCGGACUGGGACAUUUAGGGGUCCAGAUCGCCAAGACCCAAGGAUAUCGUGUGAUUGCGGUCGAUACCGGCGAGGAUAAGAGAGCGGCCUGCAUGCGUUUUGGAGCAACCCACUUCUUGGAUUUCAAGACCGAUAAUGUCACCGCAGAGGCGCACAGAUUGACCAAUAACCUAGGAGCCAACGCCGUGAUCUGCACAGCUGGCUCUCUCUGGGCUUACAAGCAAGCCACUGAGUGUGUCCGCAAUGCAGGCACUAUUGUCUGCGUCGGGAUCAAUCCUAGCGAUUUACCCAUCUCGCCGUUUGAGUUGGUCCGCAGAGGUCUCCGGUUGAUUGGAAGCUCCGUGGGGUCCCGGGCGCAGAUGCAGGAUUUAUUCAAGUUGGCUGUGGAAGGAAACGUCUGUCCCCUGGUGGAGGAGAUCUCUUUUGACCAGAUUGAUGCAGCGGCAAGGAGAAUCAAUGAUGGCCAGGUUACUGGCAGGAUUGUCAUGCGCCUCCCGAACUGA